UGCUCCCCACAAAGAGCCAACCAGUGAGAGGCCUCUACUGAUCCUGCCUACCACGGCCAUCUCCAUUCAUACACUACGUGAGUUGGAUGGCAGUCAGGAGCAAGAGCACAGUGAUGCGACUCAGGCUGAAUGUAUUCUGAACAGCAGCUGCUGCUGUGGCCAUGCGGUGGACUCACUGACACCCUUUGCUGUGAUGGGCCAUUCAGCCGAGUAUCACACAGUCUGUGAGCUAUCUGUCAUCCCUGUGCUGCUGUGA